CUGUCGCUGUGUAGUGCGUGACCGUACAGUGCGAGAUAGCUCGAUUUAGCGGCAUCCGGCAGACAACGAUAACCAGGAUAACGAUGUUUGUGAAGCGGUGAAGCAGAAUUAUUUCAAAGAGAACAUCACUCCGUAGCUCCAUUCAAUACAUUACUGGUAUCCUUUUUGAAGGAUCUCAAUGUGAAGGGAGUCUCUUUGUAAGGUUAGGUACUUAUACUACUAUUGAUUCAGUGCUGUAUCAUGUAGCCCUAGCAGAUUCAACGUGGCAGUCCUAAAAGGUAGUGACUAGUGUUGCUACUGCUGAUCGUGGGCGCUAGCGUUACCAAGAGUCGCUAGACGUCUAAAAUAGUACACAUGGCAGACUUUGGCUUCAUCAGGAAAGCUGUUCAGGUGCCUCUACACGUGAUAGCAAUCGUUCAAGUUGCACUUUUGGCUAAACUGGUGCAGGACCUGAUCGUACAGGAUGCUGUGGGCCGGCCUCUACUCGCGGAGAACCUUGGCUUGCCGUUCUUGGCAUGCCUGAUGCUCAUCGUUACUGUCUUUCUGAUGACGUGGCGGAAAGAAGUGACAUUGCAUGCGAUAGUUGAAUCGGCACUCGCAGCAAUAGUAUUAACUUCGGUGGCAUCGUGUCGACUUUUCUCCGUGCUGGCAAGCAACUCAGAAGAAGCUGACUUAGCCAUAGCUGUUGGUGGACUGGGUAUGACAGCAACAGUCUUACUGGGCAUAUGGCUGUACUGCACGGUAUGGGAUAACUCGGAUAUUCUCCGGCUGCGUCAGGACACGGCUGAAGAUUCAGGCAGCCUGCAAGAAAGUGACGGCAACGAGACUCCCGAGCCACGUCCACCAAGUGCCGCAGUAGAUGAUCUCCAGCCACCGCCAUCACCUCCAGCCAGCAUGAGCCGGGCCCAGGCAGCCAGUGAUGGAGAUUUUGAUACAGACUGUGAGCCACCGCCCUACUCACUAUCCACCGCUGAUAAUCAGCCACUGCUAGCAAACACUUGAGAUUAUCAAUGGUAACACCGUGCAUGUCACUGGUGAGUGCAAGGAAUGCCGCGUGCAUCCAUUCUACUCUGCUCCAAGUCAGCAAUCGGCUAUGAUAGCGCUGUGUCAUCCUGGGCCGUGGGUGGGCUAGAAAAGGCAGUAGACAUCUUCUCUGUGUGAAGUCAUGCGUGCAAAAUGUACCUUGUACCUGGCACCGGACGCUUUCGUGUGCUGGCGAGAUUCAACCACUGGACAAGUUUCAUUUUCACCAGGAGCAAUAUCGGGCUACGAAUAGUACUUCAAAGUAGUACAACUGCCGCACUACUACCCUGUCAUGCAGGCAUGCAGGAGUAGACAUUAGCCUAUGCAGUGUUCUCAAUUUCACGACGGGCUCAGUCUAAGAAGUGACACUUCAUACUUCAGAAUCACAGCAGCUAGGUCGAUGACCCUAUAUAGAACAUCUCUGUUACUGUAUUUUGAGGUAUUUGAAUCUUGAGCAGUCCAUCACCUGCUUCCGAUGAUACUUCUCUGGCGGUUUGAGCUCCUACUGAUUUCCAUAGUUACUGUUCUAUUCAAUUGCCAUCUGCUUCAGUAUAGUCACCGAUUUCCAUAUCGAAGGGAAGAAACCCCUGACUGUUCCAUUCUGAUAUAAUUACACACAUUCACACCUCGUUUAUCCGGGCGGUCCUGGAUCGGGCACUGCCCGUAACUUUGAAAUGUCCGUAACUCCAAAUCA